GAGAGAGAGAGAGAGAGAGAGAGAGGCUGAGAAUAUAAAGGUUCUAGCCUUUGAGGGUCCCUGAUCAGUUGAUAAUUGAGGAUGAAGAAGUCCAGCGGUGAGUCUUCUUCCAAACUGGACAGGAAGACAGUGGAGAGGAACAGAAGAAUCCACAUGAAAGAUCUCUGCUUCAAGCUUGCUUCCCUUAUUCCUCCCCAACACUCCAAACCCUCCAACUCCAAGGACACGUUGUCGCAGCAAAAUCAGUUCGAUCUUGCGUCCUCCUACAUAAAGCAACUGAGAGAGAGAAUAGAGAAUUUGAAGGAGAGGAAGGAGAAAGCAAUGAGGUCACAAUUAGGGAUAGAUGCUAAUAGUACUAUCGAUGCCGAUAAUGCUAUGAUGGUGAGAUCAAAAUUGCCAGUUCUUGAAUUAAGAGACUCAGGUUCAAUUAUAGAAGUGAUGCUGAUCAGUGGGUUGAACAAGAACUUCAUGUUAUAUGAAGUGAUUAGUGUUCUUGAGGAGGAAGGAGCAGAAGUUAUCAGCGCUAGCUUUUCCACUAUAGGAGAUAAGGUUUUCCACUCGCUCCAUGCUCAGGUCAAAAUUUCUAGGGUUGGUGUUGAGACUUCAACUGUGUGGCAGAGACUGCAGGAUUUGAUUUACUGAUCAGUCAUCAGUUGCUAGCAAUUGGCUCUGGAAAACAGAAGAUAAUGUUCUUGUUGUAAAAUGUAGAAUUAAUAAUGCCAUGUUCAUGAAAAUUAAUGUGUUCAGCCACCCAAAGAAUCAAUAUAGCUUAUUAGCUUUAAUCCAGAUGAACAGCUUCAUUUGGUUUUUUUUUUUUUCCUUUCUCUACAUGAAUAUGUUGUUAGUUCCAUGAACCCCCCCUUGACGCGGGUUACGACUCUUGACCCAUUUCAUUCCACGACGCAAAUCAAUCUUCAUGGAAGGGUUUUUGUGAUGCAGGAUGUACGGUAUUGGCUAGGUCCUGGUUUCGGCAGGUAGGUUGAGGACUAAAAUUUUAAGUCUGAGGAUUGAAGCUACCAAGAAAUGCAGAUUGCGGCUUGGCUGCUCAGUGUGUGUUCACAUGGCGAUCAAAGAUUGUAUAAUUUCUAAGCUACACUACGAGAUUAGAGUGCUUUCCAAGCCAAGCAAACACAUUUCCUUUUUAAGGGUAAAAUGAUGAUUUGAUGUUGGGUAUAGACAUU